GAAACUGAACACACCCAAAAAUUAAACAGUACAAAUCAACGUAAACAAAACACCUAAAAAAACAAAACUAAAAUUUAUCAGUAGCAAAAGUCAGCUCAUUUUGAUUGUGUCACACUGUCACCCUUUUCAGUUCAUUCACCAUUACUUUACUUAACCUCUACAUUUUCUGUUGUCUAAUCACUCUACAAAAUAAAAUAACCCUUUUAUAGUCAAUUUCUGUUACCCAAUUUGCUUGAUUUUCCCAUUCAAAAUAACAUCAAAAUCAAAACCAAAAACCACUCUUUUUAGAUUCUAUCCACAUUAUUUUCUUUGCAAAUUGAACUAAACACUGAAAACCCUUUUGAAAAAUUAGUCUUAUUAAAGUGUUGUUCUUUUGCCUUGUAAAAUGACUCUCUAUUUCUUCCAUUGCAAGGCAAAAAUGAAGAAGAACAAAGCAAAGUUGUGAACUUUCAACAGUAUUAAUUUUGAGUAGUCUCUUUUUCUCUCUCUUCAUUUAUUAUGUUUUGUUCAACUCUUCUUGAACUUGCCCACAAAGAUUGCUCAACUACUCUUUCAAGAUCUUGGGAUUUGUUAUGAGUUUGGAUUAGUUUUGGUUUAUGGCAUUUGUUGGUGAAGUGCAGAUUUUCACUUCAAUUUCAAGUUGUUGUUAGUUGGGUUCAUUGUCUUGGAGAUUGUGCUACUGCUUUUAAUACAAACAAUUAAAUUGGGUGGUUUUGUUCUUCAGCUAGGGCUUUUUUUUUCUUGUGAAUUUUCCCAUAUUUUAUUGGGUCUUAUAAUGUGAUUUGCAGAUCUCAGUGUUGUAGUUGUUUGGUUGCUUCACUUAAACGUUGCUUGUUUGGCGGCAUGGUGGUGCUUGGGAACAUGGGUAUGUAACUUUUUCCACUUGGGUUUGUCUGUUUUCUGAAGUGGGUACUUCUUAAAUUAGUCUAAAAUCUCAUAAACAAGAAAAUUGGGUUUCUGGGUUUUUGUGGGUUUCAUGAAUUUUGUCAUUGGGAUCUGAUUUUUGUGUUGGGAUUGGUGGAAUUAGCUCAUUUUAUUGGAGGUUUUUGGGUAAACUUUUGGUGAUUUUCUGGGUUGCUUCUUAUUUGUGGAAAGCAACUCUUGGUUUUGGGAUUGAUUUUUAGUCCUCAUGAUUUGGGUCUUUCUGAAUUGAAUGACCAUAAUGGUGGCAAUGCGAGGUGUAUCAAUUAGUUUCCUAAAAUGUGUUCUGUUGGUUUGGUUUGUGUGUUCUGUUCCUGGGUUUGAAACUUUAAGCCAGGAAUGUGAUCCUAGUGACCGUUCGGCGUUGAGGCAAUUUGCUGGUAAUCUCACAGAUGGUGCAAUUAUCUCAGCUUGGGCCAACAUCACCAAUUGCUGUGAUUGGGAUGGUGUUUUCUGUGAUAAUGGGUCUGCUGUAAGUAGGGUGAUCAGGUUGAUUCUGAGAAAUAAGAGUCUUCGAGGAGGGAUUUCGCGCUCUCUUGGUCAAUUGGACCAGUUGGAGAUGCUUGAUCUUUCAGGGAAUUAUCUUGAAGGUGGAUUGCCUGUAGAGCUGUCCAAUUUACACAGGCUUGUGUUUUUCGAUGUUAGUCACAACAAGCUUUCUGGAUCAGUUGUGGAAGCAUUUUCUAAGUUGGAAAAUGUUCACACCUUGAAUAUUUCAAGCAAUUUAUUCAAUGGGACACUUUUUGAUUUUGGGGUGUUCCCUAAUUUAACUGUGUUCAACAUAAGCAACAAUUCAUUCACUGGGCAAGUCAAUUCACGAGUUUGUAGCUCUAGUAAGAUCAGGGUCAUCGAUAUCUCUAAGAAUAAAUUGACUGGUGUACUUCAGAGCUUUGAGAAUUGUACCUCAUCUCUUAAGGAGCUGCGCACCGAUUAUAAUUCACUUUCCGGGGAUCUUCCGAGCUUUAUCUAUGAAAUGUCUUUGUUGGAGCAUCUCUCAAUCUCUUGCAACAAUUUCUCUGGUGAGUUAAGUGCUGAAAUCAGUAAGCUUUCUGGCCUUAGAACCUUACUCAUUUCGUGUAACCACUUUUCUGGCCUAUUCCCUGAUGUACUUGGAAACCUAACUGAAUUACAUCAUUUCAUUGCUCAUUCGAAUUCAUUCUCUGGGCCAUUGCCUGCAAGCCUGUCUAAGUGCACCAUGCUGCAGGUGCUUGAUCUUAGAAACAAUUCUUUCUCAGGCGCUAUUGGCAUUGAUUUUAAUGGACUACCCGAUCUUAGAGAACUUGAACUUGCCAGUAAUUAUCUCAAUGGCACCCUUCCAACUUCACUGUCUAAUUGCAAGAAACUGAAAACGUUGAGCAUUGCUAAGAAUGAAUUAACUGGUGAGGUUCCCCAGAAUUUUGGUGACCUCAAUUCUCUUUCCUUUCUCUCUUUGUCAAACAACAGCUUGGUGAACUUGACAGGAGCAUUAACCACCCUGCAGCAAUGCAAAAAUCUCACAACUCUUAUUCUUACUAGAAACUUUCAUGGGGAAGAAAUUCCGAGAAAUUUGUCAGGGUUCGAUAAGCUGAGAGUUCUUGCUUUUGGAAAUUGUGCUCUGCAUGGUAGGAUUCCUGUUUGGUUGCAGCAUUGCAGGAAGUUAGAGGUCCUCGAUUUGUCGUGGAAUCACUUUGAUGGGGGCAUUCCUUCAUGGGUUGGGCAGAUGGAAAAUUUGUUUUACUUGGAUUUCUCUAACAAUUCGCUUUCUGGUGAGAUUCCAAAGAACUUAAUGCAGCUCAAGAGCUUGAUCAUUUCACGUAGCAGCUCAUCUGAUCCUUCUUCGAUCAACAAUAUACCGCUGUACGUUAAGAGGAACCAGAGUUCUUUUGGCUUGCAGUAUAACCAAGUCUCCAGUUUCCCGCCUUCUAUGUAUUUGAGCAACAACAGGUUUAAUGGGACUAUACCAUCUGAGAUAGGAAGUUUGAAACAACUCCAUGUGCUAGAUCUCAGCAAGAAUAACAUCACGGGGACUAUUCCUGAUUCUAUAUCAAACAUGCUGAAUCUUGAAGUGUUAGAUUUGUCCUUUAACGACCUCUAUGGAUCAAUACCUGCAUCACUUAAUAAUCUCAGUUUUCUUGCGAAAUUUAGUGUUGCGCAUAAUCAUUUAUUGGGUCCCAUCCCAUCCGGUGUGCAAUUUCAGAGUUUUCCAAACACAAGCUUCGAGGGUAAUCAAGGCCUUUGUGGGUCAACACAAGCUCCACCUUGUACCAUUAUCCAUAAUAUGAAUAUUCCUUCUGGCUCAAGCAAUAAACUGGGCAGAAGAACCAUUCUUGUGAUAACAAUUAGUGUUGGUGUUGGUAUUGCCUUGCUCCUAGCAGUCCUAUUGAUAAAAAUGUCCAGGAGAGAUACUCGAGCUUCGAUUGAUAAUCUCGAUGAAGAGAGUGGUCGGCCUCGGAGAUUGUCAGACGGGUUCGCUGCUGCAAAACUAGUGCUCUUCCAGAACUCAGAUUGCAAGGAUCUAACAGUUGGGGAGUUACUGAAAUCCACUGAUAAUUUCAGUCAGGCAAACAUAAUUGGUUGUGGUGGAUUUGGUCUUGUUUACAAAGCUAGCCUCCCAAAUGGAAGCAAAGUUGCUAUCAAGCGGCUUUCUGGGGACUGUGGUCAAAUGGAACGUGAAUUCCGUGCAGAGGUAGAAGCUUUAUCAAAGGCUCAGCACAAGAACCUUGUUUCCUUACAAGGGUACUGUCAGGUAGGUGAUGACAAGUUGUUGAUCUACUCGUUUAUGGAGAACGGAAGCUUGGACUACUGGUUGCAUGAGUGCCUUGAUGGUGGCUCAGCACUUAAUUGGACAGCGAGAUUGAGGAUAGCUCAAGGGUCUGGUCAUGGUUUAUCAUACCUUCAUAAGGUUUGUGAGCCAAAUAUAGUUCACCGAGACAUAAAAUCAAGCAAUAUCCUUCUCGAUGAGAAAUUUGAAGCCCAUUUAGCUGAUUUUGGUUUGUCGAGAUUGCUCCGUCCAUAUGAUACUCAUGUAACAACGGAUUUGGUUGGAACUCUUGGCUAUAUUCCUCCCGAAUAUAGCCAGACAUUAACUGCAACCUUCAAGGGCGAUGUUUACAGUUUUGGGGUGGUCCUUUUGGAGCUCCUUACUGGUAGGAGACCUGUCGAAGUCUGCAAAGGAAAAAAUUGCAGGGAUUUGGUUUCCUGGGUGUUUCAGAUGAAGUCUGAGAAGAAGGAAGAGCUGGUGAUUGAUCCAUUCAUUUGGGAUAAAGACCGAGAGAAGCAACUUUUGGAGGUUCUUUGUAUUGCAUGUAAAUGCUUGGAUCCGGAUCCGAGGAGAAGGCCAUUCAUAGACCAAGUAGUUUUAUGGCUUGAUGCUAUUGUUGACAGUUAAAGUGUUUAAUAUCUAGGAUUUACUUAGACAUAAAGGAUAAAAUACCUUAAUUCUGUAAAGUUUUAGCUGUGUAUUAACUAUAAAGUUGGGGGGGAAAUCUCAAUUGGGUAGUUUUUAAGUUUUCUUUGUGAUAAUUUAUACAAACAGCCUUAAACUUUGUAUACUCAGGCCAUUUUGGUCACUUUUAUGAGAAAUAAGCUCAAAAACUUUUUUCUA